AUGCUUGAAGGUAUUUUUGUCUCGAACAAUCAACUUAGGGAUGUUUUUCCAUCUUGGUUGGGAUCUCUUCCGGUGUUGAAGAUUCUCAUAUUGCAGCAUAAUGGGUUCUACGGUGUGAUUGGGCAACCCCAAAACUACUUGGAGUUCCCCAAGUUGCAAGUAAUUGAUAUCUCUUUUAAUAAUUUCACAGGUGAAUUGCCAUCAGAUUACAUUUUCAGCUGGAAUGCCAUGAAGGGUAUCAAUCCCAGUCCUUUGAAAUAUUUGAGUGUAAUGCUGAACUAUACUUUUGCUGAAAUUGGUUUGACCCAUGUUGAAAAUCGUUAUACAAUCACAAUCAUCUCCAAAGGGGUAAAGAGAUACUAUGUUCUAGAAUCAUUGGACCUCUCUCAAAACAAGCUCUCAUGGCAUAUCCCUCAACAACUAAAGGAACUAGGAUUUCUUGAACGCUUCAAUGUUUCUCAUAACAAUCUUAUGGGGCCUAUACCUCAAGGGAAACAGUUUAGUGCUUUUGAGACUAGUUACUUUCAAGGAAACCCAGGAUUGUGUGGUGAUCUACUGCUUAAGAAAUGUGGUGAUUUAGAUCCCCCAUCACUGACACCUUCAGUGUUUGAAGAAAAUGAUAAUUCAGAGUCUUUAUUUGAAUUUGAAUGGAAAGUUGUGUUGAUAGGACUCAUAAGUGGGCUAGUUGCUGGAGUGGCUCUUGGUGAUAUGAAUAUUUCCAAAAGCUCUUACAGUACUUGCAUAACCAGCUCUAUAGCUUACGACCAGGAACUAAAUAGAGACAUAAACAGAGGCAUGGUAGAUGUACUGAAUAUAAAUAUAGCUACUACUGAAAUCAUAAAGCCAGUUACAAACCCAAAUUUGUAA